ACGCAGGAUAGUGACACUGAGGUUUUUAGACAGCACCAGAUCACAAAUCAUCAGAGUUGCUGAAAGGAGGCGUGGUUUCAUGUCUGUUUAUUAAAGGGGGUAACUGCAUCAGCGGCAGAGCCAGGCUGCUGACCUUGAGUACCAGCUGCAGCUGAAGUUUGGACAUUUUUAUUUUUGCCUGCCAGGAACUGAGAUAAUACGAAUGAGAGGUUUAUCAGAGGGAUUAUGUGGAGUGUGACCAGGCCACUGCUACAGGAGUGUACACUCGCCUGCUACAGACUGCUCUCAGCCAUGACACAGGCGGUUCCUCCGAUCCUCUCCAUCACCCCGAGUCGGGCUUUGGUUGAUGAGAAAUUUCAAGUGUUGGUGGAGAAUCUUCCUCCAGGAUGUCCGGUAACCCUCCACUCCCUCCACCACUCUGAGGACAAGGACGACUGGGAGGCAUAUGGUCACUACGUCAGCGACCACAGAGGCGUCGUAUCAGUUACCGAGGAUUUGAGUUUUGGAGGCACGUAUACGGGAAAAGAGCCCAUGGGCUUGCUGUGGAGCAUGCGGCCGGUCCCAGGCAGCCGCGAAGGCCUCAGGUUAAGGAAGAUAAACGUGUGCACACCAAUGCUGGUCAACAUCUCAGUCCACAGUGGACACGAGGACUUCAGGGACCGGACCCCUCUGGCAUCAGCACUCGCAGAGAGAUGGUACAUGGCUCCUGGUGUCAAGAGAAUUGAUAUUAAUAAGCAAGGAGUGCAGGGGACCCUGUUUAUACCACCAGGUCCUGGACCCUUCCCUACGCUGCUAGACAUGUGGGGAGGCGGUGUAGGGCUGCUGGAGUAUCGCUCUGCCUUAUUGGCAUCUCGUGGUUACGUUUCUUUCUCGCUGGAUUACCUAAGGUCUGAACACCUGUCAGCAGAUGUAGAGUUUAAGUACUUCGAGACAGCAUUUAACAUUAUUAGGAACCAUCCUCAAGUGAUACCAGACAGAGUUGGAAUUCUUGGUAUUUCCCUGGGCUCCACGGUGGCCUUCAACUUAACAGCCUACAGCACCAUUAUUAAGGUAAACGUGCCUCGCUGCAUUGUUUGCAUCAGCAGCAAUCACUAUCACCCACCUGGGACCACCCUGAAGGCCGGGUUUAAAAUACUAAGCAAGUACGUACUGUUGACUGUUUGUCAUGAAAAUUUAAUGAUAAUACAAAUUAUUGUUACUAAUAUGUAUCAUAGGCAUUUUCACAAGGCACAUUUCGAUGAGAACAACUAUAUGAGCUGGAGAAGUUUUGGUCUGGAUCUUAUCGCUGACCCCUCAAACAACGUGGAAGUGGGGAGAAUUAACUGCCCGAUGCUGCUGGUUAAUGGCUGUGACGAUCAGAACUGGCCUACAGUGGAGACAGCGGAGGAGGUGGCCAGGUUGUUGCGUGAAGGUGGAAAGGAACACCUGCUGAGCAGAUUAGCGUAUCCGGGUGCUGGACACCUGAUUGAGCCGCCAUUCUCUCCUCAUUUUAGAGCUACGAAGUUUAUCAUACUAAACAGUAAAAAGAAGGUGAUAUUACUGUGGGGAGGACACACUAAAGCUCAUUCAGAUGCUCAGGAAGACUCCUGGAGGAAGAGCUUGAGUUUUCUGCAGCUUCACUUGUACCAUAGCCCGAGUGUUAAAGCAAAACUGUGAGAGUCACAUGAUGUCGAAUCACUGGUGUGAUAUACUGACCAUGGUUUCAUUCUGCAACUGCUUUACUUAGAUGAGUCAGGCUAUGUCCACACGUACGCAGGUAUUUGUUAACACUAGGAUUCUGUGUCAAAAAAGCUCAAAGUGUGUUGUUGUUUCAAUGCAGGCAUGAAGCCAUAAUAAUUUUAUAACCAUAUUUCUUAUUAUGAACCUUGCUUGAUUAUGUAAGCUCAUAGUGAGUACGUGUUUUCCCCCCAUAUCAUUAGUCUAAACUGUUGCUUUAAGACCCUAAAAACACCUUUCAUCCAUACACAGUACUUUCAAUGCUAAGAAAUAUUAUUAUAUACACUACAUACAUACUUUCACUGAUAUUUUCAGUAAUUUUAUUCUAUUUAAGACAGUGUAUUAUUGUCUUAAUGUAAUUGUUUGACUAAUUAACCUCAGGUGAAGCCAUGGUUGCCCUCCAGACAACGAGAAAACAAGUAGCUAUUGUACGUAAUAGGCAGUUAAAUAAAGAAAACAACAAAAUACAUAAAGCCGUGAGAGAAAGAACUCUUAAAGAUACCUGGAAAAGAAGAGAAGAUAAACAGAGACCAUAGAGUCCAGCUAGCUUAAACACCAAUGCUAGCAACUCAAGCCAACCAGACACAUAAAAAGAAAAGUGUCAGUAUGGCUCAAAGUCAUGUGACACGAAAGCGGUUUGCAAUACUUGAUUCACCGCGAUAUGGAUCUCUCAGCAAAGUGCAAGGAUCUCCAAAACAGAUUGAGAUGUAUGGAUCUCAAAAGGAAGUGAAGGAAAGGAUACGGUCAGGUUUGUGAAACAGCUACUUCAAGAAUGAUAGUGACGUUCCUCAAUGCAGCAAUAAAAGAUAAGAUUAUAGAGCAAGCAUGGAGCCAGAGACAGGUCUUCUUCCAAGAUAAACGGAUCUUCUUCAAUCAAGACUACACUCCCAAUGUAGAAAAGAGCUAAGGUUCACGAAAUCAUAAAACAACUAAAAUAAAAAGAAAGUGCAGGCGAAAUGUCUGUACCUGGCAGAAGUGAAAAUUAAAUUGGAUACCACAGAGAAGACCUUUGCAACACUAACAGAGGCUGCUGAAGGAGCUCGAAGUCAAAAUGCGCUGCAGAGAAAGAGGGGCACGGAGCUGUCAACACAUUGUUAGAUAGUUAAAUAUGUUUAUUGUUUAAAUAAGGGAAGCAUAUAUUAUUGUACAGAGAUUAUGACUUAUUUACAUUUUGUAAAUUAUAAUGUAAGCAGAAUCAUUAACCCAAUCAAGAGAAAAAAAAUUUAAAUGUGUAUGCCCAAAAUGAAGACUGCACUUUUUAAAAGGGAUUGCACCUUUUGUGGCAGAUAAAGGAGGAGGAAUUAUACUCAGGGGAGGAGAUUUUAAUUUGUACUCUGAAGACUAAACUAGACAUAUUACUGGUAAUAAUAAAACCUCAGUCCAAAAUGACCUACUAGGCAUGAUGACUGAACUGGAA